AUCUUGAAACAUACUAUUUUAUUUUAAGUUUAGUAUUAGUAGAUGUAUUCAGACGUUCUCUUAAGACGUAUUUCUUAUUCAAUUGAAUCAAGCAAACCGAUAGCUAAAUGAUGCUGGUGGCUAGCAAGUAGAGCUAACGUUAGACAACAGUACUGUAGCCUACUGUCCAAGAGAAUGGAGCGAAGACACAUUCGCAACAUACUAGCUAGCACUAACUAGCUAGCUAGCUUGCGUGUUUAUGAUUAGGCUAGUCAUCUUACCUUACAUCGUUUUCAACCCAGGUACACAGACCGAAGGAGUUUUUAGUGUAGCCUACCAGGUCGAAUUGGUAGCCAGGCUUGAUGUUAAUCUAUUUGCUUUCAAUCCUCUCCUCACUCCUGCAAUACCACAGAAAGCGAGUACUCAAACCUCUCCACAGAUGACACCUAUAGUUUCCUCAUGGAACUCCAAAAAAGCAGCACAAUUGUGUUAGGAGAGCCGGAGACAACUUACAUUACUUCCUCAGAUAGCCAGGGCCCCCCCAUUCGACCCAAAAGCCCCUGGGGUCGCCUCGACCCUUAUGACUCCAGUGAGCAGGACCUGGACAGGGAGUAUGUGGGUUUUGCCACUCUGCCCAACCAAGUACACAGGAAGUCAGUGAAGAAAGGUUUUGAGUUCACUCUGAUGGUGGCAGGAGAGUCUGGUCUGGGUAAAUCCACUCUUAUCAACAGUCUGUUCCUCACUGAUCUGUACAAGGACAAGAAGGUUCUUGAGGCCUCAGAGAAGAUGGUUCAGACUGUGUCCAUCACUAAGAAGACUGUUCUCAUUGAGGAGAAAGGAGUGAAGCUCAAACUCAACAUUGUGGACACACCAGGGUUUGGAGAUGCUCUGAACAACUUACAAUGCUGGACAGUGUUGUCCAACUACAUUGACCAUAAGUUUGAGCAGUUCCGCUUGGAUGAAAUCGGUCUUAACCGCAAGAACACCCAGGACCACAGAGUCCACUGCUGCCUGUACUUCAUCUCCCCCCAUGGCCACGGCCUGAAGCCUUUGGAUGUGGAGUGCAUGAGAGCUCUCCAAGACAAGGUCAACAUUAUCCCUGUGUUGGCCAAAGCAGACAGCCUCACUAGGAUGGAAAUCACGCAGAUGAAAGCCAGGAUUCUGAGUGAAUUAGAGAAGUACAAAAUUAACAUCUACCAUUUUUCUGACUGCGACUCAGAUGAAGAUGAGGAAUUCAAGCUACAGGAAAUAGAGUUGAAAAACUCUGUUCCGUUUGCUGUGAUAGGCAGUAAUGCUGUGGUGGAGGGUAACGGCAGGAGAUUCAGGGCCCGUCUCUACCCCUGGGGAGUUGUGGAAGUUGAUAAUCCUGUCCACAGUGACUUUGUGCACCUGAGGAACAUGCUUGUGAGGACACACAUGCAGGACCUGAAAGAUGUGACCCAGGAAAUACACUAUGAAAACUACAGAGCACAGUGGCUUUGUAAAAACGUUGACAAUGAUUCUGACAAACCUGAAGUGUUUGUCUUGGAAACUGAUGAGAACAACACGAUCACAGCAGCUGGAAACUAAUAAUAAAAUGAUAUUAAA